AUCAGAUCGUAGGAUGAUAUCGGUUGGCGUUAAGCUAGUUAUGCUAAUUAGCUUCUAGCUCGUAUGUUCGUUAAUAACGUUGAUUUACACGGCUCUGGGGUAGGAAGCUGAUCUUUGAAGGCCUUCAUCCCGUCACACGGACCAUGGCCUUGUCUCUCUGCGACGACACUCUCCUCUGCAACUUCCCCAAGUGUCGGGCCAAGCUGUGCGGCUUCGCCUGGGUCACCGCCUGCUCGCACGCCUUCUGCGACCAGCACGGCUCUGGCGAGUUCAGCCGCUCCCCUGCCGUCUGUCCCGCCUGCUCCUCCACCCUGUCCGGGAAGCUGGACAUCGUCCGCACCGAGCUGUCCCCCUCUGAGGACUACAAGGCCAUCGUGCUGGCCGGGCUGCGGCCCGAGGUGGUCCUGGACAUCAGCACCCGGGCGCUGGCCUUCUGGAGCUACCAGAUCCACCAGGAGCGCAUGUACCAGGACUACACCCUGUCCCGGGCCGAGGUGCAGGUCAAGCAGCUGGAGAAGAUGCUGAACCAGCAGAACCAGAGCCGGGAGCUGGACCUGGGGGCCAUGCGGGGGGAGAUAUCGUCCCUGAAGAAGGUGAUGGAGGAGUACAAGAGGAAGUACAGCGAGGUGGCGGAGCGGCUGAUGGAGAGGAACCGGCAGUACCAGAAGCUGCAGGGCCUGUACGACUCUCUGCGCCUCCGCAACAUGGUGGUGGUGGAGAGGGAGGAGCCGGCGAGACACCCCCACCACCUGCUCCACCAAGCGGGGCCGGCCGGGGGCUUCAGACCGCCCUGCUCCCCCAGGCCCAGCCCCCCGUUCCUGGCCAUGGGCCCCCAGGGGGAGGGCAGCAUCUUCACCGGCCUGGAGCUGGGCCGCCCCAGCGCCUUCUUCCACCUCAGGACGCCCUCCAUGGAGAGGGGCCGUGCCUUCCCCCAGGACCACUGA